AUGGCGUCGGUUCAUGCUGCGCCUACCGCCCAACAUGGCGGUCCUUCGGGCAUGUCCCAGAUGAGUGGUGCACAGGUAAAGGAGAUGUACAUGCGUUUCAAACAGAUGCAGGAAGCAGGUGUCUCCAAGACGGACCCCGAAUUCAUCAAGCUCAACCAGUUCUUGCAGCACAUUCAGCAGCAGCAACAGCUGCAAAAUGCUUACCGCCAACAGAUGCAGCAGAAGCAGAGUCAGAAUGUCAACUCCAAUGCCAACGUCAACGUCAAUGGCCAAGUCAAUGGCACCUCGCAGCCCCCAGCCUCGACGCCCCUCGGCGCAUCUGCUCUGCCUUCCACCUUGGCUUCAGCAUCACAACCGAAUGCCUCCUCUCCGUCGACUGCAUCGUCCACUCCCCAGUUCAACCAGCAGCAGUUGAACCUCCUCAGGCAACAGAUCCAUGCAUUCAAGCUGCUCCAGAAGAACUCUGGCGUCUCGUUCCAGAUGCAACAGGCACUGAAUUCUCAACGACAACGUAGACAAGCUAUCGCUGAGCAGUCAACACAACCUCCGGCAUCCGCAACAGCCACGCCCGUCGACGAAUCGACAAAGCCUGGCUCAGUUGGCCCUGAUGGCACCGCCGGUACCGAAACUUCCGCCUCUACCAGCAGCAAAGUCUACAAGAUAGUCAAGUCGCCUUAUGAAGCUGGUCUUGUUAAGAAGGACAUCAGCUACCACGAGCAUAACCAGCGCGGAAAGCGUUUGAUCAUCCCCAGUAUCACCCCCACUGGCAUUGAUUUCGAGCAGUUGAGACACGAGCGCGAGAUUAUCGUCUUCAACCGCAUGAAGGCAAGGUAUAGCGAGCUGAAGGCCGUUCCCGGCAACCUGGCCCAUUGGGACACGGCCAAAGAGACGGUCGAGGCUGAUGACACCGUUCGCCGAAAGGCCCUUAUUGAGUAUAAAGCUCUGGGCCUCUAUGCCAAGCAGCGACAGCUCCGUGAGAAGAUCGGGCGCCAAAUGAUGCACUUCGACAAUCUGGCCAUGACCACAAACCGGAGUCAAUACCGACGCGUCAAGAAGCAGGGUGUUCGCGAAGCGAGAAUUACCGAGAAGCUUGAGAAGCAGCAGCGCGAUGCCCGUGAGCACCGCGAAAAGAAGAAGCACACCGACUUCCUCGAAUCAGUACGGCACCACAAGGCCGAAAUUCACAACUCGGCAUCGAAUGCUAGGGCCAAGAUGUCCAAGAUGGGUCGUGCCAUGUUCGCCCAACACUUCAACAUCGAGAAAGAAGAGCAAAAGCGUAUUGAGAGAACUGCCAAGCAACGUCUCCAGGCUCUCAAGGCCAACGAUGAAGAGGCCUACCUUAAGCUGCUCGACCAAGCCAAGGAUACACGUAUCACCCACCUGCUCAAACAGACUGAUGGUUUCUUGAAACAACUGGCUGCUUCCGUCAAGGCACAGCAGCGCCAGUCGGCACAUCUCAACGGCGAAGAUUUCGAAGAAGAUGAGAGCGAGAUUGAAGAGGAGGACGAGGAGAGUGGUCGCAAGAUUGAUUACUAUGCUGUGGCGCAUCGUGUCAAGGAAGAUGUCACUCAGCAGGCCGACAUGCUCGUUGGUGGUUCGCUCAAGGAGUACCAGCUGAAGGGUCUUCAGUGGAUGUUGUCUCUUUACAACAACAACCUCAAUGGUAUUCUUGCUGAUGAAAUGGGUCUCGGCAAGACCAUUCAGACCAUCUCUCUGGUGACUUACCUCAUCGAGAAGAAACAGCAGAACGGACCAUAUCUUGUCAUCGUACCGCUGUCUACCUUGACAAACUGGACCCUCGAGUUUGAGAAGUGGGCCCCGUCGGUUUCUAAGAUUGUUUACAAGGGUCCUCCUAACGCCAGAAAGCAGCAGCAGGAUAAGAUCCGCCAAGGACGCUUUCAGGUUUUGCUCACAACAUAUGAGUACAUAAUCAAGGACCGGCCUGUUCUGAGCAAAAUCAAAUGGUUCCACAUGAUCAUCGAUGAGGGCCAUCGUAUGAAGAACGCCAACUCCAAGCUCAGCGCAACGAUCGCACAGUACUACAGCACCCGCUUCCGUCUCAUCCUCACCGGUACUCCCUUGCAGAACAAUCUUGGUGAGCUUUGGGCUAUGCUUAAUUUUGUGCUGCCAAACAUCUUCAAGUCGGUCAAGACAUUUGAUGAAUGGUUCAACACUCCCUUUGCCAACACGGGCGGUCAGGAUAAGAUGGAGCUGAACGAAGAAGAACAAAUUCUCGUUAUUCGGCGUCUUCACAAAGUCCUGCGACCCUUCCUUCUACGACGUCUCAAGAAGGAUGUCGAGAAAGACUUGCCCGACAAGACAGAAAAGGUCAUCAAGUGCAAGUUUUCUGCUUUGCAGAGUCGCUUGUACAAGCAGAUGGUUACACAUCAAAAGAUCGCUGUCAGCGACGGCAAGGGCGGCAAGUCUACCGCUCGUGGUUUGAGCAAUAUGAUCAUGCAGCUGCGAAAGUUGUGUAAUCACCCCUUCGUUUUCGAUGAAGUUGAAAAUCAGAUGAACCCAUCCAGUACAGCCAAUGACUCUCUCUGGAGAACAGCCGGCAAGUUCGAGCUUUUGGACCGUAUCUUGCCUAAAUACAAAGCAAGUGGUCACAGAGUGCUCAUGUUCUUCCAGAUGACCGCCAUCAUGGAUAUCAUGGAGGAUUUCCUGCGGUUCCGAGGCUUGAAGUUCAUGCGCUUGGAUGGUACUACCAAAUCCGAAGACCGUUCUGACUUGCUGAAGGAUUUCAACGCACCGGAUUCGCCUUAUUUCAUGUUCUUGCUUUCCACUCGCGCUGGUGGUCUUGGGCUGAACUUGCAGACUGCAGACACCGUCAUCAUUUACGAUUCAGAUUGGAAUCCCCACCAGGAUCUGCAAGCCCAGGAUCGUGCGCAUCGUAUCGGUCAGAAGAACGAGGUCCGUAUCCUGCGACUAAUCAGCUCCAACUCGGUAGAAGAGAAAAUCCUCGAGCGUGCUCGAUACAAGCUUGACAUGGAUGGCAAGGUCAUCCAGGCUGGUCGGUUCGAUAACAAGUCUUCAGAGACAGAUCGUGACGCCAUGCUUCGCACACUUCUGGAGACUGCUGACAUGGCCGAGUCUGGUGACCAAGACGAAAUGGAUGAUGAGGAAAUGAACAUGAUUCUGGCACGAAACGACGAUGAGCUUGUCCUCUUCCAACAGAUGGACGACGAACGGGCAAAAGACCCCCUCUACGGUAGUGCUGCGGGUAGCAAAGCUAUUCCCAGACUCAUGACAGAGAGCGAGCUUCCUGAUAUCUACAUGGCUGAAGGGAACCCUGUUCAGGAAGAAGAGGAGGUGGUUCUCGGCCGUGGUGCUCGUGAACGUACCAGAGUCAAGUACGAUGAUGGUUUGACCGAGGAGCAGUGGCUGAUGGCGGUCGACGAUGAUGAUGAUUCGCCAGAGGCUGCUGCUUCACGAAAGCAAGCCAAGAAGGAUAGGAGAGAAGCCAACAGGCUCAAGAGAAUUGCUAUGGGACAUAGUUCUGCCGCAAACUCUCCCUCGGGUAGUCGUGCGAGUUCCGAAGAAGUCGAAACGCCACCCAAAAAGCGUGGCCGUAAGCCUGGCAGCAAGAAUGAGAAACGAAAAGCUGACGAGGAGGAUGGCGAGCCUCCAGCUAAGAAGCGCCGUGGGCCUGGCGGACGACCCAAGGCAGUGGCGGUCAAUGGCGGCAACUCGCGCGUUCCUGGUGAAGUGCGCCCCAUACUCCAGCGAUCGUUGCGUAAGCUGUACGAUGGCCUGAUGUUAUUGGAAGCGGAUGAUCCAGAGCCAGAGGAGAAGCCAGAAGAUGACGAGGACGAAGAGCAGCCCAAGCGUCUAAUCAUUGGGCCCUUUGUCAAGUUACCAUCAAAACGUGAUUACGGCGACUACUACCAGUUCAUCAAGAAUCCCAUCUGUAUGAACCAGAUACAAGCAAAGAUCAAAAAGGAGGACUACAACAGCAUCGACGACAUGCGCAGAGACAUCACGUUGAUGUGCAACAAUUGUAGAACAUACAACGACGAUGGUAGCUUAUUGUAUGCUGACGCCAAUGCUAUGGAGAAAUUCUUCAACGACAGGGCUCAGCUAGAGCUCGCCGCGCAUCCAGAAUUAGCGGAACUUGAGGAUCCGUCAGUCAAGGAGAGCAGUGCAGCUCCAACAACAAGUGCGGGUACACCGCAACCAUCGGCGAACCCUACGAGGAUAAAACUAGUCACUCAUGGUACAAGCCAAGCCAACGGUGGCCCCAGUAGUACUCAAAGUGACGGAGAGUAG